AGGAGGUGACCGCCGCGUCCCCUCUUGUAAUCCACCACCUCCGCCCCCACCGUGCUCCCCAAACUUCCUCUACCUCUAUUCAAACCUUCCCGCUCAUAGGGCCACUGAUACCGCCUAGGAGCAAUGCUAUAUCUGUCUUCGUUUUUCCAUUUUUUUAGAUUGGGUUCGGUUCAGUAAAAUGGGAGAAGCCAUGAAUCCAAUUUGGAGGAAUAUGGUUGAGUUUUCAGGCCGGUUUCAAUCAUUCUAUAUUCGAACCAGUGACGUUGGGAUGGAGUACAUCUCUGCAAAUGGUUCUCUUCUUCUUCUUCACGCCCUUUCUUCUGUUUUUCAUUUGGGUGUUUUUGCAUUUGUUGUCUUUGUUUUGGUUGGAAAAGGGCCCAAGAGUUCUCAAUUAAAAACCUUAUCAAAACCCAGGUUCAGUCGUCCUUACAAGCUUAGCCUCUUCCUGUGCUUCGCAUUGUCUGCGUUUUAUGCCUUUCUUUCGGUUUUCAAUUUCAUUUUCUUUCGAGGUGGCGAAGGAGGAACGAAGUCGUUCGUUGCAAUUGAAUCCGAUUUGAUCAUCAGAACCUUGGCUUGGUCAGUAACCUCGGUUUAUUUGCAGUCGCAUUUACCCAAGGGGGGAGAAAACAAGUUCUCUCUCUUAUUGAGGAUAUGGUUGCUUUUCUUCUUUAUUAUUUCUCUAACCAUCUCCAUUCAUGACUUCUUCGCAUUUCGUCUCCGUCUCCAAUCGAUUCCCCUCUACUACUUAUAUGUUGAUGGGUUCAUGAUCCUCUGCGCCUCUCUUCUUUGUUAUAUGGGGUUCUUCGGAACCAUUCGAAAUGCUAACUGUGAAGAAACCACCAUUAGAGAACCUCUGUUGAAUGGGACAUUUGUUGAAAGAAAACCAGGGGAAGAUGGUGAAAGGAGACCUUAUGCAACUGCAGGUCUCUUUAGGAUUUUCACCUUUUCUUGGAUGAACCCAUUGUUAACAAAGGGCUACAAGAAAGCAUUGGACCUCGAUGAUGUCCCCGAGCUUGCAGAGCCAGAUAGUGUUAAUGGGGUUUACCCUGUGGUUAGAGAAAAGCUUGAAGGCAAUGCGGUGAGCACAUGGCAACUAACUCGAGCUUUGGUAGUCUCAGUCUGGAGAGAAGUCUUCAUCACUGGUUUCUGGGCUCUCUUAUACACAUGUGCCUCUUACGUGGGUCCUUAUCUCAUCGAUAGCUUUGUCCAGUAUCUGAAUGGGAUUCAGCAAUUUGAGCACCAAGGAUACUUCCUGGUCUUGGCAUUCUUCUUCUCUAAGAUGGUCGAGUGCAUCGCCCAAAGGCGCUGGUUUUUCAUGUUACAGCAAGUUGGCAUUCGUAACAAGGCAGCCCUGGUUGCCAUGAUUUACCGAAAGGGACUUUCUCUCUCUAGCCAAUCGAGGCAGAGCCAUAUGAGCGGUGAGAUAAUCAAUUUCAUGAGCGUGGACGCAGAGAGGAUCGGAGAUUUCAGUUGGUAUAUGCAUGACCUUUGGAUGGUCCCGGUUCAAGUGCUUUUUGCUCUAUUGGUUUUAUACAGGUGCCUUGGCCUUGCCUCUGUGGCUGCCUUGGUUGCCACCUUUCUUGUGAUGCUUGCCAACCUUCCUAUGGGGAUUCUUCAAGAGGAGUACCAAGGCAAGCUCAUGGAAUCUAAGGAUAAGAGGAUGAAAUCCAUGUCUGAGGUACUAAGGAACAUGAGAAUCCUCAAGCUUCAGGGAUGGGAGAUGAGGUUUCUCUCAAAGAUCGUAGACUUGAGGAAGGUUGAAUUGAGCUGGUUAUGGAAGUUUCUUUACACGUCGGCCAUGACCACCUUUGUUUCUUAUGGUGCUCCAAGUUUUGUCUCAGUGGUCACCUUUGGGGCUUGCCUGCCUAUGGGCAUCCCUCUUAAAUCAGGGAAAAUUUUAUCGGCUCUUGCCACUUUCAGGGUUCUUCAAGAACCCAUUUACAAUCUCCCUGAUCUUAUAUCCAUGACAGUUCAAACCAAGGUUUCUCUUGAUAGAAUUGCUUCAUUUCUUCGCCUCGAAGAUCUUCCAAGUGAUACAGUUGAAACGCUCCAAAGGCAUUCUUCUGAGAUUGCCGUAGAAGUAAGCAAUGGGUCUUUCUCUUGGGAUCCUUCUUCUCCAAGCCCCAGCCUGAAAGACUUGAAUUUUCGGGUCCUACGUGGCAUGAAAGUGGCAGUUUGUGGUACUGUUGGUUCGGGCAAGUCGAGCCUGCUCUCUUGCAUCCUUGGAGAGGUUCCCAAGGUCUCAGGGACUGUUAAAAUGUGUGGAACAAAGGCUUAUGUGGCUCAAUCUCCUUGGAUUCAGAGUGGGAAGAUUGAAGACAAUAUAUUGUUUGGGAACGAGAUGGAGAGAGAUAGAUAUGAACGUGUUCUUGAAGCUUGUGCAUUAAAGAAGGAUCUUGAUAUUUUACCAUUUGGAGAUCAGACAGUCAUAGGCGAGAGAGGAAUCAAUCUGAGUGGUGGACAAAAGCAGAGGAUACAGAUUGCACGUGCUAUAUAUCAAGAUGCCGAUAUCUAUCUGUUUGACGAUCCCUUCAGUGCUGUUGAUGCCCAUACAGGAACCCAUCUCUUUCAGGAGUGCUUGCUCAGGUUUUUGGCUUCAAAAACUGUGAUAUAUGUGACACACCAGGUGGAGUUCUUACCUGCUGCAGAUAUUGUGCUGGUUAUGCGUGAUGGAAAGAUUACCCAAGCUGGGAAGUAUGACAGCAUUCUGAGCUUUGGAACUGAUUUCAUGGGACUGGUUGAUGCUCAUAAUAAGGCCCUCGAAGCCAUUGAUUCUGUGAAACUCGGAAAACAGGAGUCCAGAGAUUUAGAGAGUUCUCAAAACACGGUGAAAACCUCCACAAGCGCUGAGCCAAAACUGGAUUUUCUGGGAGGUAAAGUAAAUGAACCAGUAGUUGAGAACCAGAACAAGGGGCAGCUUAUUCAGGAAGAGGAGAGGGAGAAGGGGAGUGUUGGGUUUUCAGUUUAUUGGAAGUACAUUACAGCUGCAUAUGGAGGAGCUCUUGUUCCACAUAUAUUGAUGGCUCAGAUCCUCUUCCAAAUCCUUCAGAUAGGUAGCAAUUACUGGAUGGCUUGGGCAACCCCUGUCUCAGAGGAUUCUGAGCCCACAGUUAGCCCCUUGCUUCUGCUACUAAUUUAUGUUGCUUUGGCAGUGGUGAGUUCCUUCUGUAUCCUUGCAAGGUCCUUGCUUCAUCUGACUGCUGUGUACAAGACCGCUGCCAUUCUGUUUGAGAAGAUGCAUCUGUCUAUAUUUCGUUCUCCAAUGUCAUUCUUUGAUUCCACACCAACUGGACGUAUCCUGAACAGGGCAUCAACUGAUCAAAGUGCAGUGGAUAUGUUAAUUCCUUUCCAGAUUGGAGCCUUUGCUUUUACAGUAAUCCAACUUCUCGGUAUUAUUGCGGUUAUGUCACAGGUUGCCUGGCAGGUUUUCAUUGUGUUCAUCCCUGUGAUUGUUGUCUCUAUUUGGUACCAGCAAUACUACAUACCCACUGCCAGGGAAUUGGCCCGGUUGGUGGGGGUCUGCGAAGCUCCAGUCAUACAGCAUUUUGCCGAGUCAAUAUCAGGCUCAACGACCAUCAGAAGUUUUGACAAGGAAUCAAGAUUCAUGACCACCAAUCUAAAGCUGAUAGAUGCAUAUUCCAGACCCAAGUUCUAUAAUGCGGGUGCAAUUGAAUGGCUCUGUUUCCGAUUGGAUAUGCUCUCAGCCUUAACAUUUGCUUUCUCAUUAGUUUUCUUGGUCACUUUGCCUAAGGGAAUUAUCGAUCCUGGCAUUGCUGGCUUAGCUGUGACAUAUGGACUGAACCUGAACAUGCUACAGGCAUGGGUUGUAUGGAACCUAUGCAACCUUGAGAACAAGAUGAUAUCAGUGGAGAGAAUUUUUCAAUAUUCAAGUAUGCCUAGUGAACCUCCCCUUGUAAUAGAAGAAAGCAGGCCAGAUCCUAAAUGGCCCUUAAUUGGGGAAGUCAAAAUUCAUGAUUUGCAGGUCCGGUAUGCCCCACAACUACCUUUAGUUUUGAGAGGCAUUACAUGUACAUUUCCUGGAGGGUUGAAGACUGGGAUAGUUGGUAGGACUGGCAGUGGAAAAUCCACUCUCAUUCAAGUCCUCUUCAGGAUCGUGGAUCCUGUCGGAGGCCAAAUUCUCAUUGAUGGCAUUGACAUCUUCAGUAUAGGACUCCAUGACCUGCGUUCCAGACUAAGCAUCAUUCCUCAAGAUCCCACCAUGUUUGAAGGCACCAUCAGAAGUAACCUCGACCCCUUAGAAGAGUACUCUGAUGAUGAGAUAUGGGCGGCUCUAGACAAAUGCCAGCUUGGAGAAGGAGUCAAGCAAAAGGACAUGAAAUUGGAAUCCAUCGUGUCAGAGAAUGGAGAGAACUGGAGUGUGGGUCAAAGGCAGUUGCUGUGCUUAGGGAGAGUGCUUCUGAAGAAGAGUAAAGUGUUGGUGUUGGAUGAAGCAACUGCCGCGGUUGACACCACAACUGACAGCCUUAUCCAGCAAACCAUCAGGAAACACUUCUCUGAUUGUACUGUUAUCACCAUAGCCCAUCGUACUGCAACUGUUCUUGAUAGUGACAUGGUCUUGCUGCUUGACAAUGGCAUUGUGGCUGAAUUUGAUUCUCCAUCCGUGUUGUUAGAAAACAAGCUGUCCUCUUUUUCUAAACUUGUGGCAGAGUACACCAUGAGAUCGAGCACUUGUUCGGAAAAAUGAUGCAUCUGUAUCGCGACUAUGAUAUGAUGAUGACGAUGAUGCAAUUCGAAGUUAUUGGAUGCACCCUGUAAGAAGUGUGCAAUAGAGGAAGGUGUGAACUCAAGCACCCUUCUGGCGUCUGAGACGAACCAACAGUGCUAAUCCUGGUGGUCUUUAAAUACUUGUUUUGCCAUUUUGAAAGGCAAGAAGAGUUUUUUGGUGUAUAAUGAAGUGUUUCAUUGCUUAGUCAUAUGUUUGAGAGAGCUCGUACACUUGGGUAUUCUAAAGGAUGUUUCAAAGUAGCUGCCUCUGA